AAAUGCUCCCAUUAACUAUAUAGCGUGAUCUGUAUAUGGUGUCAACAUAUUACGAGGGUUGUAGAGGGUCAAAAUGAUAAAAUGUAUUACAAGAGUCAAAACAUAUUACAAGACAAUACAAGCUUGCUCUCACGUUUUCUGAGGCUUAUCUGUAUGGAAACAAUGAUGGUACAAUUUACUCAGGGUUACAAGACCGAUAGGGAGUACAGGGGAGUAAAAUUCGUUGUUCAAUGCAAGAAUUUUACUCAGCGUAAAGUAAAUGGCUCCCUUGUUAGAGAUUUCAUUGGAGGAUUGUCAAAUUAUCCACCAGAUACCCUUGGCAUUUUCGUUACAUCAACUGGAUGUUCGCAGUCAUCACUUGAGUUGGCAGAAAGUUCUGAUUACUUAAUACAUCAAAUUUAAUUAAACAGUUUACAUUAUUAUAUGUAAACAAAAGAACGAAGACACAAUUACGAUCGAAAAUGCCGAAAUUGAAAACAUUGAAGUUGAAGAAGGCUCCACUUUGUCCCUAUUUGGAAAUUGAAAUAAA